UGUAAGAGAUCAUAUUAGAUCUAUGAGGUCAGUACCAGAGUUGUGGAGCAUAAUUUGCAUGCUAACUUUUGAUCACUCUCUUUGAGAAUGCUCUCUGUCAAUAAGCGUGGGAAUAACAUGAUCUAUGCAUUUUUGGUAUGAUAGGGCAUAAAUUGGAAUAUUCAGUAUCAAGAAAGAAGAUUUUAAUAUAUUUUAUGAUUAUUUUAUACCUACUUAAUAAAACUGGCUCAGAUAAUAAAAGAAAUAUUAUUAGAAGUUCACGAAGUUGUUCGUUUAAUUUUGAAUCUGCUUUUGUCUAUUUUAACGUAUUUUUGAAAUUUAAGUAAGCAUUUUGUAUCCGUGAUCAAAAUAUUAUCAUAGUUUUGUAACAUCCAAUGGGCUUGCAGUUAUUAAGUGUAAAAUUUAGGUGCAAAAUCUGAGGAAUAGAGGCCAAAAUCCUUCCAUGCUUUCAUGUUUGAUAAAUUUUCAUAAUCCAUGGUGCCCUAUCAUUAAACUAUCUUCUGACUUCAAUUAUUAUCUGUGUAGACUUUUAUCAACACCCUAUAAGCUUCCAAAUUUUGUUCAUAAUUCUAAACUCCCGACAAAAUUGAUUUAAUUCCUUCUACUACACACAUCCCACCUCCCUCAACACCCUAACCCCCAACUAUCCAUAUUUUUCCU